AUGGAAUACCAUUCGUUGAGAAGGAUCCCCCGUGACUUCAGGGAGGGUGUUGACUGGUUGAUAGCGCUGAAGGGAACUUAUCCUGAAUUGACCAUGCAGGCUUUGUCUGACGCAAUUCACCGUUUGCUCGUAGACAAGCCUGUUGGCUUCACGGAGUUGCCAUGCCUCGAGAAGGUAAAGCAUAUUUCGCAGCAGUUCUUGGAGCAAAAGGAAUUUAAGGGCGACCCCUUCGUGGAAAUGCUUCUGAAAAGAUACAAUACACCCAUGGAUAAACAACCUAUGGGACUCUCUAAAACCUUAGGAUUCUACCUAGAAAGCGAUUACAAGAACAUCAUAGAGGCCCAUGGUGUUAGACCUGAGAGCAUCGCAAGGAGCCUAGGUAGAGUUGUGCGCGGCUAUGAGAAGUUUUUGGAAGAUAUCAAGCACCCUGAUCACUAUAGGCCUACCUACAGUUCAAGGGCGACGUGGGAUGCGUCAUGCGCGAAGGACCCGGAAGCUUGCGCAAUCAUUUUCGUCGGAAUUGCGCCAAUGCUAUUCACAGGUCUGCUUUAUUUGCAGGAAACAAGCGUAGACGCAAUUAGAGGAGGACGCCAUUCUGAGGAGGAGCAGGAGUUGGGAUCUGUGCUUACAACUCUGGGUUACUUAAAACCUGAACGCAGCGAAAAAAUGAGCGGUUUAGCUGUCCGCACGGCGUUACGCGAUUUGGGUGACGAUGCAUUGAACAUCCUCUACGACCUCGCUGGAUUCUGGGCUUUCUAUUGA